UGCACGGAUCUGAAUUUGUAGCUGGAACAAACGCACCCGCCAUGGACUUGAUGUGUUCUGAAGAUAAGUACGCAGAGGAUCAAAGGGAAUGGUUAGAGCAAUGGAAUUCAACUUUUUGGCGAGAUAACCCAGAAGAAUCGAUCAGUCAGCAUGGGCAGCCGCAAGGUCAAAAGCUUGGCGAGGGGAUGAUGAAUCAUGGCGUUUGCGAGCUUCUGGACGCCGUGGAAAUACUGACCUACGAUUCUAGAUUGGAUGGAACCGGAAACUCACCUACAACUGAUACGAAAGUACUCCAGGCGAAGAUCCGUUCAAUGCAGGUGAUUAUAGCACAUCAAAGACUGCAGAGGGAGGAAAUGCGCGAAAAGUUGGUUAGUGAAAUCGAGUCACUUAAAUUGGCUCAGAACAUCCAGAUAACGCAGUCUGAUAAGCAGGAAGCCCAGCAAAAGGCAAUCAUUCAAAGACUUAAUGACCAAUUACUUUCUAUGCAAGUAAUAAUAAGCAACUUGGAGCAGCAGUUAACAGACAAGGAGGAAGUAGGCCAGCAAUUGCUAUGUAAUUUGGAAAUGCACGAAAAGAUCAAUCAAGAACUGACAAUUGAGAGGGAUGGAAUGAUACUGCAACUGGAGGAGCAGAAAACCCACCACUUGAGUAAGGUGAAUCAACUUGUGAACCAAAUCCUUUCCCUGCAGAUGAUAAUCGAGCAGCGCAUCGAUCAGUUGACCUCACAAAUGGAGGAGCAGGAGGAGAACCACAACAUCACCGUGAAUAUGCUCGAGGAACAAAUCAGCUCGUUGCAGUUGAUUGCCAACGAAUCCCAGAGCCAAACGUCCCAACGGGAAGAAAUGCUUAACAACCGUGAGCGAGCGCACCUCCAAGAGGUGGAAAGGUUGCAGAGUCGGGAAGCACAAAACCAGGAAAGUAUCACUUGCUCCAUAUGCCUGUCGACCUGGGAGGAGAGUGGUGACCAUCGCGUCGUUUCUCUAGCCUGUGGUCAUCUAUACGGAGAUUCUUGCAUUAGGGCAGCCUUGAUGCGAGCCUCCGAGUGUCCGAUUUGUCGACGUCCAGCUUCUCAGCACGAUCUUCGAUACAUCUUCAGUGCCAAUGUAUUUCCUACGCAAACCUAGAUUGCGUAAAUAAUCUUAAAUGGAAAAUUAUAAACAAUUUU